AUGGAGGGGACUGCGGAGUCCCAGACGCCUGACCUGCGAGACGUGGAGGGCAAGGUGGGCAGGAAGACCCCUGAAGGGCUGCUCCGCGGGCUGCGAGGCGAGUGGGAGCCAGGAACCUCUGGCGCUCUGCUGCUCUCCGGGGCCCCUAGCACGGGCCACAGCCUGGGGGACAAGAUCAUGGCGCUGAGGAUGGAGCUGGCUUGCCUGAGAGCCAUCGACGUGAAGAUCCUGCAGCAGCUGGUGACCUUGAACGAGGGCAUUGAGGCGGUGCGCUGGCUGUUGGAGGAGAGGGGGACAUUGACCAGCCACUGCAGCAGCCUCACCAGCAGCCAAUAUAGCCUGACAGGCGGGAGCCCAGGCCGCUCAAGGCGAGGCAGCUGGGACAGCCUGCCAGACACAAGCUCCGCUGACCGGCUGGACAGUGUCUCCAUCGGCAGCUUCCUGGACACAGUGGCGCCCAGUGAGGUGGAUGAACACGGACCCCCUGGGGCUCCCCGCCCUGAGAUGGACUGGGCAAAGGUUAUACCUGGUGGGGAGAGGGCCAGGACUGAGGUGGACCUGACAGCCACCAGGCUAGGGAGCUUGAGGGCCGUGUGGAAACCCCCAGGGGAGGGGCUGCAAGCUGCACCUCCUGAGCUGCCAGAGGAUGAGAGUGCCAAGCUGGGCUUUGAGACCCACUGGUACUGGGGCCAGUGCCAGGAUGAUGUGACCUUCCUGUAA